AUGCACAGUGCCUCCCUCUCAUUCCUCCUCACUCCCAUCUCCGUCCUCCCUUCUCCUUCCUUCUCAUUCCUCCUCACUCCCAUCUCUGUCCCCUCUUCUCCUUCCCUCUCAUCCCUCCACACUCCCAUCUCUGUCCCCUCUUCUCCUUACCUCUCAUCCCUCCACACUCCCAUCUCUGUCCCCUCUUCUCCUUACCUCUCAUCCCUCCACACUCCCAUCUCUGUCCUCCCUUCUACCUCCCCCUCAUCCCUCCACACUCCCAUCUCUGUCCCCUCUUCUCCCUCCCUCGCAUCCCUCCACACUCCCAUCCCUGUCCCCUCAACUCCCUACCUCUCAUUACUCCACACUCCCAUCUCUGCCCUCCCUUCUCCUUCUCUCUCAACCCUGCUCACUCCCAUCCCUGCCCUUCCGUCUUCCUCCCUCUCAUCCCUUCUCACUCUCCUCUCUGUCCUCCCUUUUUCCUCCCUCCAAUUCCUUGUCAGAUUGAUUCCAAUGUUGAAGGAUGUGUUUGGCGAAUUCCAAGCAUCCGAGUUCAACAUCGGCAAGGUGCACGGCCUUGUGCAUUUGGUCGAUGACAUUAUACGCUCCAGUGUCCCCGUUCACUACAACGCCAACAUGUUCGAGUUUCUUCACCAACCUCUUGUAAAGAGGGCCUCUUGA